GGAGAGUGGGAGGGUAAAGAGGCAGAGAAGUUCAGAGAGAGACUGGAUCUGCAUUAUAAGUAGCUAGGAGAGCAGCAAGUGUCGGGUGUUUUCAACCUGUUUUUUUUAAAAAUGCUCUAACGCGAGGAAAAGAGAGAGCAGACCAAAAAGAGGAGAAACCAAGAAGUGGGACAUCAGUUCUGAAAAGUCUGCUGUGAUUAGGAAGAAAGCCAAGUGCAAAGAAGGGAGGAGGGGAAGCCAAGAGGAACACAAGGCAGCAAUGGAUUGCAGAAUGGCUCGGCCUGACCCCGGGACGGCCUGCUGGAUUCACACACUGCCGCUGGACGCCGUCCAGCACACGCGCUAGGCUGCGAACGCCGGAGAGCUCCUAUGUGGCUGUCUAGCCAUGCUCCCUGGGUAUGGAUUCUCACCUUUUCCUGAUUUCCAUCCCCACCUUCACGCUUUUCGCUGCCGAGGAGAGAGCCCCAGCAUGUGGAUUCCUGGCUCCGGAGAGUCCCACAAUCCAAGCGAGUCCAAGGAGGGUCGGCCUCUCCUCCAUCCCAUCCAUCCCAACCACGUGGCGGUGUGCCAGCAGGAAACGCUGGCGUUUAUUGAGCUCCAGCAACCAGCACCUUCUAAGUUAAACGGUCUUGGCUCUCAGCGGCAGAGCAGUGAUUCAGAUGCACACUCUCAACCUCUAAAUGGUUUACGACAAACUCUUAACGAACUGAAUGACAUGCAAAGAGGCAAACACAGGACACACACUGAUCAUGGAAUGAAUGUAAACACUCCGUCACACGCUGUGGAUGACGCUGAGGUUGUUCAGCAGAACAGCACCAGGACUUCUUGGCAGGACCAAAACGAGAAGCCUCGGACAGUAACGACAGUUUGCCGCCCACUCCACGCAGCUCUCAGCCUCCCUCUGUCCUUUCCUCUGUCCUCUUUAUACACAAACAGGGACUCCUGGGAAUCUCAGGUACCUUACUCCUCAUCCUCACCAGAAUGUCCAGAGUUUCCGGGCCCACACGCCAGCCAGCCUCAGAGGAGAACGUCACAGGCAUCUCUGAAGGAGAAGGCUAUUCGGCGAAAGGUGCAGGUUUAUUCUCCAGACAGCCCAAGCGAUGAAUCGCUCAGCAGUCCAAUCCUGGAGGCAGACUACAUCUUCCCUGGACCUUUUGCCUCUUUCCUGGAGGAAGACCUCUGUGGAUUAUCUUCUCUGGAUGCAGCUUCGACUCCCUCGUCCACAGAUGGCACUCCAGAUCUCCCAAGCAUCGGCCACGGAGAUAUUUUCAAUGUUCAGUCAGAACCCUUGCAGAUAAUAGAGGACUCAGAAUCCGGAGCGGAGGAGGAAGAGGGCGGCGGCAUCGUAGAGACGUCGCUUCACCCAGGAGUGAGCUUCUUGCCACGCAGUCGACAAACUGACCAAGAGCGCCGGCGUUUCUCGGCUUCAGAGCUAAUAUCAAGACUGCAGCUCUCCCAGAGGAAGAACUCGUUCACCUUAAGGCUGGGCAAGUCACUGUCUGCUCGGGCGGCCUCCAGAGACAAGCAGAGCUCCAACAGCCUGAGCCCCAACCCAGACUAUAAGUAUAACUCUAGACAUCGCAGCUCAGGAGGCUCCAGUGACAGCGGCACCUACAGUCCUGUUGGAACCGGGCUUCCGCUGCCCAGUGGCGACAAUGGGAUGUCUUCUCAUCGGUGGAGCGCUAAACUUGGAAUGCGAAAGAAAUCCAUAGAGGAAGACUCGAGCAUAUCUUCAUCAUUUCCCACUUCAAAUCGCCUGUCACGUUUUUUGCCAAGCUCGAUCCUCUACCAGGAGUACAGCGAUGUGGCAAUCAACCGAGAGAUCCAGAGGCAGCAAGGGAAGGAUCCAGGAACAGAGGAGGAGGGACUCAGAGACGAAGGCUCAGACGGGACUCCGUCUCCGUCAAAUCUUUCUCCAUCCAGCUCGUUUCGCUCUUCCCGAGGCUCUGCAUUUGCACUGUGGCAGGAUAUACCUGAUGUGCGAACGAGCGGUCAGUUGGACACCUUCAGCAAUGAGGAGAGGAAACUACAGGAGGCAAAGUUUGAGCUGGUAACUUCUGAGGCGUCAUACAUUCGUAGCCUGACGAUUGCUGUGGACCAUUUCAUGUUGUCUCAGGAGCUCACCGAGUGUCUUGGGGCUCAGGAGAAGCAGUGGCUCUUUUCCAAGCUGCCUGAAGUCAAAGAUGUCAGUGAGAGGUUCCUUCAGGACCUGGAGCACAGGCUGGAGAAAGACAUUCUCCGUUUUGAUGUGUGUGACAUAGUCCUGGAUCACUGCCCGGCUCUGCGAAGGGUCUAUUUGCCUUACGUAACCAACCAGGCUUAUCAGGAGCAGACAUACCAGCGGUUGCUGCAGGAAAACCCUCGCUUCCCUGGCAUCCUGGCUCGCCUGGAGGAGGACCCCAUCUGCCAAAGGCUGCCCCUGACCUCCUUUUUAAUCCUCCCAUUUCAGAGGAUCACACGACUCAAAAUGUUGGUGGAGAACAUCUUAAAGAGGACAACACCAGGCUCCAGAGAUGAGGACACGGCCACAAAGGCUUUCAACGAGCUAAAAAAGAUCAUCAAAGAGUGUAAUUCCAGCGUGCAGUCUAUGAAGAGGAUGGAGGAACUCAUCCACCUCAACAAGAAAAUCAACUUUGAGGGCAAAAUCUUUCCUCUCAUCUCCCAGUCCCGCUGGUUGGUGAAGCACGGUGAACUCCUGGAAGUGGACACCCAGAUGAUGAGCAUUUCAGGAUCAAAACUCAAGCUGCCCACCAAGCCAGUGUACCUCCACUUGUUUAACGACUGCCUGCUGCUGUCCAGGAGGAAGGAUACGUGGAAGUUCAUGGUAUUUGUGCACGCUAAGAUUGGAGAGCUGAAAGUGAAGGAUCUCAGCCAGAAGCUGCAAGGAAUCUCAGGCUUCAUCUUCCACCUGCAGCUGUGCGAAGGCCAGCAGCUCAAACAUCAGAUCCUUCUCAAAUCACACACAGAGAGUGGGAAGCAGAGAUGGAUCACAGCAAUGUUUCCGUCUGAUCCGUUUGAAGACAUUGAGCAGGCCAGUGAAAAUGACGACAUAUCCCAGGUGCAGUGCAUUAAAAGCUAUCAAGCCCAAGAGCAUGAUGAGUUAACUUUGGAAAAAGCCGACAUUCUUCAUGCUAAAACCAUUACAAGUGAUGGCUGGGUGGAGGGCAUCAGGCUGUCAGACGGGGAGCGGGGCUGGUUCCCCAAAACCUACGUGGAGGAAAUCACAAGUCGCAGCGCUCGCCUCCGCAACCUCAGAGAAAACAUCCGCAUCAAAUGUGUCACACAGAAACUGAAAGGGGAGGACUGAGAGCUUCCACUGCAAAGCUGCGAUCCAGAUGAUCGUUUUCGUUUAAGACGGAUGUCUGGAAUUCUUACAGUCAGCAGGUGCUGAAAUAAGACUUAUUUUUCUUCUAACAUGUUAAAAAAUGCAGCAAAAAUAUUAAUUUUUAUUUU